AUGAAGCUGAACGACGGCUUUAUCCACGCCACCCUUGUCCGUGCACUUGCGCACAACAUCCGAAUGCGUGUGCUAUCCUCCGACCCUCAGAAGAUGCCAGCAUUCCUCGUCGAAUCCAUCGAGGAGGGUGAGACCAAGACCCUGCACUGCGACGGCCUCUACCUCAACCUUUGCCUCAGCUACAGCGCCCGUGACGAGAUCGCCGGAGCCUGCAGAAAUCGCUACCGGGAUGGCCCACGGCGGAACGAGUCUCAAUGA